AUGGUUGAUGAAGGCGCCAGCAUCAGGACACCACAGCAAGGGGAUGGAUCUGCUGCUGUGAUUUCAUCUCUACCAAAGAUUAAAAAGACUCCAGCGUCAACAAGCAAGACGCCUAAGAUCUCGUCUUCUGCCAGCCAGAUUUCUCCCAAGACCCCUGCUCAGGCAAUGACGCCUGUGAAAGCAAAGAUCUCGUCUUCUGCCAGCCAGAUUUCUCCCAAGACCCCUGCUCAGGCAAUGACGCCUGUGAAAGCAAAGAUCUCGUCUUCUGCCAGCCAGAUUUCUCCCAAGACCCCUUCUCAGGCAAUGACGCCUGUGAAAGCAAAGAUCUCGUCUUCUGCCAGCCAGAAGAGGACCCAGAUUAUCCAAGAGUCUGACGAAGAGUCUGAUGAAGAGUCUGAUGAAGAUUCUCUCAGUGAGAAUGAUAUGGAGGAGGACGAGAUGCCGAUCACAAAGAGCAAGAAAGGCAAGGGGGCGAGAAAGGCAGCAAUGGUUGCUGGUGUGAUCGUAGCAGAGAAGGAGGAAGAGGAGGAGGGGCAACGCCAUCUCCACACAAUCCAGAUCCUGCAAGAUCUGGCAGAGGCAGAAUUAGGGUAUGGCUUGAUACACAUCGGAGGCACCAACAACGACUUUGGCAGAGGACCGCAGAUAGUUCGGCAGCGUUACAACUGUCGUCCCAUAAACAAACAGACAAUGAACAAGAUGAAGUACAGCCACGAGUCGACUGGGCUCCUGAACUGCCUCCCAGAUAACGCCAUUUUCAUUGGCGUCAAGGUGGAGCACAUCAAAGUGGAAUCCCUCCAACCUUUGCAGCCAGGACCGUACACGAACCAUGUCAAAUGGGCUCAUGAAGCAGCUGACCCUGGUAAUGAGAUGCUUCUUUUCAACGGCAAUCACAGGUGGACCUACAUGGAGAACUAUUACGCCCAAGAGUGGCACAACUAUUAUCAGGCGCAGAAGGCGGCGUACGACAACGACUAUGGUUCCUGUGCUGCGGCAGAGGCAAUGGCGAAGUCAUCGGAGAUGGUAGAUAUUUUAGAUGCUGACGCAGUGUGGGUCGCUCGGUUCUUUGACUUUGACAUGCUCAUGGCUGCCCAAAACUCGUCCCUGCUCUUGCACGAGCUCAUUGCAAACCAGACACUGCCCUCCAAGGAUGAUACUGACACGGACAAACUGAAGAACGUCCUUCGGCUUGCGAGCGGAGAGGCAUCGGAGAAGACGAAUCAGCUCGUUGCAGAUGCCACAGCGCAGUGGGUUAAGUCCAAAGAUUCGAACAGCUCGCGCACGGCGUGGGCGGUCAGCGACCAAAAUCUGUUCGACUUCCUGAAGGACCUAUACGCACAUGCGGAUUUCGAAUCAUCACCGCUGAUCAACAUAUCAUUGCUGUACAGCAAUUGGUACCCAUACAUGACGCAGUUCUUCAUCGCGACAUUCAGGCCUAUGCUGGACCUCCUGGAGUUCCUUGUCUCGCCCGUUGUCUUUCCAACUGUGGAAGAGGCCACCCUCAAAUACCUUCAAAAGAAGGUCCAGAUCAUGGACCCCAAGAACAGGAAGGAGCUUCGAAUAGUUCUCAAGGCAUUGCGGGAAGAAUACUUGCCCAAGUCACUCGAAAAGGGCAACGCGCCGCUGAAAGACUUACUCGAAGGCCCCAUGAUGAAGGCCCUGGACGAGGUGUUCUCAUCAAAGAUGUCCACUGUCAGCGGCCUGUAUGGCGCGGAGGAACCGAAAGAGAUCUACACUCUAAUAGUCUUAACGUGGUACCCCACCCUGGAGUACCGAGAGUGCAUGGUGUAUUAUGCAUAUCGUGGGAGAGUGUACGGUGGCAGUGCAGUGUACAGUUGUACAGUGUACAGUGUCUGGUGUACUAUGCUAGAUAUUCCCGGACACAGUUCCCAGGCAUAG